AUGAAUAUUUCGCAAGCAUCAGAUCUUUCUAUGGAAUAUCUUGGAAAAUUUCCCGGAACUGUUUCAAAUGAAACAAAAAGUGCAUCUUUGAAUGUUCGACACAUAUUUGUGAUUCGAUGUUUGAGUUUAUAUGCUCUUCUACUUAUCAUCGUUGGUACGGUAGGCAAUUUAUUAACAAUUGUGGUAUUGCUGAGAAAAAAUCUUCGUCGUUUGGUCACUAUACGAUAUUUAAUUAUUGUCAGUAUAUGUGAUACAAUCUCACUCUACGGUUGGAAUUUAAAUAAUUUCUAUAAAUUUCAUAUUAGUCCAAUCCGUGGAAAUUUAGAAGAAAUAUCUAUUUUACAUUGUCGAAUUAUUUCAUUUAUGACAUUUGUUAGUUUACAAUUAUCAAGUUGGUGUCUGACUGCAACUAUCUUACCAUAUGAUGAACAUAUAGCAAAAGAUCGUGCCUUAAAUCUCUAUUGGCUUCAUUGGAAACAAUCUUACGGAAAAAGAAAAUAUACAAAAUAUUAUAUCAGUAUUUUAACAUUUAUUUGUAUUGCAUUGAAUAGUCAUGUAUUAUUUUUAAAUGGUUAUCGUACAUCAUCGGGAAGUAUUGAAUGCUAUGCAACAGAAAAUAAUCCCGGUUAUAUAUUUCCACAAUGGGAACGUGUUCAUUUAGUUGUUUAUAAUUUAUGUCCAUUUGCUAUCAUGUGUAUCUGUAAUACAUAUAUUAUUGUUGCUACAGUUCGAUCAAGUCGUGCACAAGAUGAAUCCCUACCACCGACUGUACAACGAAAAAAUCUCGAACGCUAUCGACAACUUACUGCACUACUGAUUAUAGUUACAUUUGCAUUUGUCUUAUUAACACUACCAGCGUGCAUUUAUUUUGUAUUUUUUCGUCAUAAUCUUGAGGCAACAACUGAACGUACCUAUCGCUAUAUGAUUCAGAUAUCAUUAAGUUCUGUUCAAUUUACAUCACAUGGAAUAAACUUUUUUCUUUAUUGUUUUUCAGCAAAAAGUUUUCUAAAUGAAUUAAAUGAUAUGCUAACCGAAUGUUUAUCUUGUCAUCAAGUGAAUAAUGAUCAAUGGUCAUUUGUUGGUGUACGAACAAAUAAUGAUCCAGAACAUGAAUCGUCGUCGUUAGAAAAUCAACGUACUGAUCAUAACAGAGAAAUGGAAGUUAAAAACCAAAAGUUUAAUAAUGCACCACAAUAUCAAACAACAAGUGGACAAGAAUCGGAGCCCAGUUGA